UUUUUUUUUUUUUUUUUUUGGCACUUGCUAUGCAACGAUCUAUCGGUCUCCGCAUGCCGUCAUGGUUGUUCUCUAUUGUUUCACGAAGCCUGGCCCCCCGGAGUUGUGCCUUGGGAGUGGAAUCUCCUUCGGAGGAUCAGACAAGAAAGUCCCCUCUUUGUAAAUCGCCCAGCCUUCUUUCUCAUGGUUCAUGGCUCGCCAGGACGGUGCUCAAGCCUCAAGAAGACCGACGGACAUGGGAAUUGGCCGGUCCGAUUGAAUCCUCCAGUGGGCCAACUCCUGGUAAGGAAAGGCGCAACGGGGUCUCUUCUCAAUUCUCACACCGGGAGCCUUGCGUGCCUGGGGAAGCGCCGGUCGACUUUCUACAAGGAGACAUGGUAUGACUUAUGGGAGACGACCAUCAAGGGUCGCGAUGCGGAG